AUGCUCUCUCUCUCUCUCUCUCUCUCUCUCUCUCUCUCUCUCCUCUCUCUCUCUCUCCCAGAAACUAAUUACUUUAAUUGUUUUCUUUCAUUUCUUUGUCUUUCUUCUUUCUUAUUUUCCUUCGUCUUUUAUAUUUUAAUUCUUCUUUUUUUCUUUUACUCUCUUAUUUUCUUUCCUCUCAUUUUGUUUUUUUUUUUCUUUGAUAGUUUCUAUAUUUUUAAUUCCUUUUCCAGUCAUGUCUUUUUUCUUUCCUUUCUCGUAUAUUUUUGUCGUAUAUUCUUUACAAGUUCCUCAAUUUUUUUUUUUACCUUUCAUUUCUUUUUUACUUCUUCAUCUCAUUCUAUUCGUGAUGUUUUUCAUUUACCUCUCUUUUCAUCCUCUUUCUGUCCUACUUUUUCCAUUUUUAUUUUUUCUUCUUUCAUGUAUCUUUCUUUCCUUUCUUUUUUUUUUUCGUCUUUUCCACUUUUUCUAUUUUUUUCUUUCACUUCACCUCUUUUUGUUGUCUUUUUUCUCUACUUUCUACUUUUUAAAAUUAUUUUCCUUUCUCCUCUUUUUCUUCUUUUUAACGUCUUUCUUUUGUUGAUUUUGGUUUCAUACAUUUUCGUUCAUUCCUUUUUCUUCCCUCUUUUUUUCUACUUCUUGCUUAAAUUAUCUUCAUUCUUGUUUUUUUUUAUACUUUUUCUUUCAUUUGUUUUCUUUAUCUUCUCACUAUUUCCGCCAUCUUUUCUUUCUUUUUCAUUUGCUUAUCUUUCUGGUCUUUCCAAUUUUCUUAUCUUUUCGUGGUCUUUAUCUUACCGAAUCUUUCUUUUAAAUACAUUUUUCUCUCAUUUCUUUGACUUUUCUAACCCUCUUUUCUUCAUCUCUCUGUCACUAUAUUUUCUCUUUUUUAUUCUUUUUUCUCAUUUCUUUUUUCUUUUCUGUGAUUUGCCUUUCAUCUUCUCUUUCUUAACUGCUUCCUUCUUCCUUCUUUCUACGAAGAAGCUACCUUUAGUUUGUUAA